GUGCCCGCCAGACAAGAACGAUAGAAAAUGGCGAGUCAGUGUAAAAGGCAGCAAUGCACAAUCGACAGGCGCGGCUUUCGGCAGGAACUUGACUCGUGGAGGCAUAAACUCAUUCACUGUGUGGGUUUUGAGAGCAUUCUUGAAGGGCUGUUUGGUUCUGACGUGGUACAAGACCUCAAAUUAUUUAAAGACUUAGAGCCUACAACAGUGUCUGACUGGUCAUUUGAUGAAAAUUGUCUAUUCUGCUGUUUACGAAGAGAUAAAGUAAAGGAACACUUAAUUGGCCUAGGCCACGAAGGUCCUGAAGAUACACCCAAACCUCUUCAGGUUCGAGAUCAGACCACGAUCAGCAGACUAGAGAAACAAGCUGAAGAGUUUCUCCAUGCAGUCCUCAGCAGAAAAGAUGUGCCAAAUUUCUCAGACCCACAUAUUCCAGUAGUGGCACGAGAGAUCCUUCAGAGAAUGAUCAAACAGUUUGCUGCCGAAUAUACCUCAAAAACCAGCCCCUCUCAGGACAGUUGUUCAGAUUCUCAGCCUCUCUCUGACCAAAGCCUGCCAACCCCACCCCUGAUCUCAGGGGCUCCUCCGUCUACCAGCCCUGCUCCCACCUUGGCUGGACCUGCACACAACCAGAACCCCGUCCUCAGCAAGCUCCUCAUGGCUGACCAGGAUGCUCCUCUUGACCUUACUAUCAAGAAGCCCCAGGCUGUGCCUAGCGACCAAGAUGGAGUCCUUGACCUUUCAAUCAAGAAGAACCGCUAUAGUGGCGCCCUGCCUGUCAGAAGUCCCUGCCUCUCUCCAGCCACAUCCGUGAUCAAAGGUGAGUCUCCAGAGUUGCUUGUUUCAAAGGCAAAAGACCUGCAGUCCACCUCCACACUGGAACACUUUAUGGCCAAACUCUGUCGCCACCAUCAGAGACAGAUAGUAGAUGCCAUUGGGUUUUUACAGACGGAGGUCAAAGCACUUGCAUCUACCAAUUCGCAGCAUGACUCUAUCUCUACCUCUGGGAUCCAGGGAACAACUUGUUCCACUCCAAAAUCCAGUGCCGUCACUCCGGAGAAGUCGCUCAUAGAUUUAAGGUUUCCCAGUGAAUCCACCCCUAAAUCUGAAGUCCACGAUAUGUCCUAUUCUAUCCAAAGCACCUGUGCAACGAAAAAUGCUCCUGAGAAAAUGGGAUCGCCGAAAACAUCGGCUGCUGGUCCUGCUUUGGAUUUUUGCAGCUCAGGGUUGAAGACUAACCAGGCUUUGGUCACCGCCAAAGCUGAUCCAGCUGGCUCGGAAAACAAGCAUCAUGGUGAUCAUGCACCUCUUAGACUGAAAAUCAUGACAAGCAACGUUGCUGCUGGUAAGAGGUUGUCAUGUGUGCUGAACAGCUCUCUUUCAUCUCACUCUGACACUGACAGAGAGGGUAACUUGAAUUCAUCUAGCAGAACGGAGACUCACAGUGCUAGACUCAGCUCUUCCAUUAAAAGACACAAUCAGUCUAGUAGCACACAUCAGGCUAGGCAGAGAGAGACUCUUAGGCAUGCCAAAGAUUCACCUACAAAACUGUUUUCAGUGCAUGUGACCAUUCCUCCAGACUCUCCUCGGACUGCCAGGAAGACCAUCAAGCCAUCCUCUGAUCAUCAGGUCAGGGAAUCCGCUUAUAAGGGAAUGGUUGACCCUGAUCUUGGCCAUUGUGACAUUGUUUUUAUUGACAAACCUAUUACAGAGUGUUUUAAAAAGAGGCAUAGUGGCAUGGUCCCUCGUCGCAAUGCAAGAAAAAGCACCAGAGGACAUAUGUAUUCAGAUGAAAUCUGGGAGUUAAAGACAGUCCGUACAUUAGCUGGGAGAGGUAACUGUCCCAACCCUAUGCCAGAACUCAUCACACUGGUCACCCCAAAACAAGUCCUUUCAAAGCCUGAAGGCGUACCACCGGUGAAUAUGCCUUUUGCUGGAACAUGUACGGAGACUAUGAUUCAACAAAUGUCCACUGAACAAUCAGAUGAAAGUGUAAUACCAGGAACAGGAGACACUGUAGAGGUAGCAGCCAGUGAAGUAGAUAUUGUAGUUGAAACAAGUCAGACAGACCAGAGUCAGAACAAGGGCCAGUCUGUUCCUUCAUCACCGAAAAGCUUACCUACUGAGAGUAUAGAAAUCAACUGGAACACAGAUGUACAACAGCGUAUGUCUGCAGAUUCAGGCAUGACGACAGCAUGUGAAGAAAGUGCUUGUCAGACUCCAUCUGAAGCAGAAAAAGACAAAGAGCCUGAGCCAAGAGAGGAGGUUCAUGAAAAUACAGAGCAAAUGAUAACAGAGACAGUUGUAGAGUCCGUAGAGAGUACUACUGCUAAAGAAGCUGAGACCCAGCUUUCAUCAGAUGAACCGCUUACUAAUGAGCCUAUUCUUGAGCUGACUAGCACCCCAAAACCAGUGGAUCAAAUAGUGGAAGACAGAGAGACAGAGGAAAGUAAAAUUGAGAUGGUACAAGAUGAGCAACCUCAGGAAAUGCAGCCAGAAACCCAGACACACAAUGACAAUACUGAAGUUACAGAAAUGCCCAUAACCACAGAUUUAGCAGAGGAGCAGAUAACAAAAGAGCCUGAAAUAAAAGCUUCUGAAGCAGUUGACGGCAUUGUUCCUUUAGAGACAGAAGAUGGUAAUGACAAUGAUGAUAGCAGCUUUGAUGUGUCCACUAAGACACUUGAUGCACUCUUGAAGGAAUUACCCCCUUGGCGCAAGAAAAAAGGAUCUGUUGUUUCUCUGCCAAAACGACUGCAGCAAAAUGAAACAGUUGUAGUGGGUUAUGUCAAUGGAAGACCUGUAUCAUCCAGUGACAGAAGUUUGAGGCGUAGAUCAGGUAACAGCAUAUCACCCAAUCGAACACCAGUGAAACCUAAAAAUUCAAACAGCAACAAGAAUUCUGUUAACCCAACUGCUGAAGACAAAUGUUUGGUGAAAAAUCUACCUGAAACACCUGUUCAAUGUAUGGAGACUUCUCCUGUGACUGAGCAAGUGAAAGAACCAACAUCUACAACAGCUGAAUUUUUCUCAAAGACAAAACAAACCAAAAGUCAAAAGAAAAUUCAGAGUGACAAGGAUACUUUGCCUGUUCUUUCUGACCAGCUUGAUGUUCAGUCUCAGAGCACCAAGUCCAAGUGGCAGCUUAGAUCAGCAAUCCAGAUGCCAACUGAAUCUCAAGCAUCACCACCCACAUCAAAUGCUGACCCUUCAAUUUUAUCACCAAAACCUGCUGCUACCCAUGCUCCUUCGUCUACAGAGAACAUGCCCCUAUCUCCACUUCCUUCUCCACUUCCUGUUACUCCACAAGUCAGCUCAUCCCUCUCAGCAGCCACUGAACAGUCCCAAGAAAACACAGUCCAAGAGACAGCUGUAGAAUCGAACCCUGAAAGUGACCAAGUACAGACUGUUCCAGAGGAUAUACAAAAUAAUGAAGAAGACAGUUUGCAAUCUAAAAAGAAACCAAGGUCAGCAAAGGCUAUUGUAAACAACAGUAAAGAUGAGAAACAGCAACCAAGCAGUGUGGAAUCCAGUCCAUUAGAAAGUCAAAGUCCUACGGUGACUGAAGUGCUAUCAGAGAAACAAAAAUCAGGAAAGACUGUAGGAAAUAACAGUAAAAAUGAGAAACAGCAACAAAGCAGUGAGGAAUCCACUUCAUUAGAAAGUCCUGCAAAAACUGAAAUGCCAUCUCAGAAACUUAGGUCAGGAAAGGCUGUAGUAAAUGACAGUAAAAAUGAGAAACAGCAGCCAAGUGUUGAGGAAUCCAGGCAGUUAGAAAGUCCUGCAAAGAGUGAAACACCAUCUAAGAAACUAAGGUCAGGAAAGGCUGUUGUAGACAGCAAGGAUGAGAAACGGCAACUACAAGAUGAUGAUUCCAGUCCGUUAGAAAGUCCUGCACAGAGUGAAACACCAUCUAAGAAUCUAAGGUCAGCAAAGGCUGUUGUAGACAACAAGGAUGAGAAACGGCAACCAAGCAGUGAUGGUUCCAGUCCGUUAGAAAGUCCUGCACAGAGUGAAACACCAUCUAAAAAUCUAAGGUCAGCAAAGGCUGUUGUAGACAAGGGUGAGAAAAGGCAACCAGUAAUUGAAGAAUCCGGUCUAUUAGAAAGUCAAGGCCCUGCAAACAUUGAAUCUCCAUCUAAGAAACUAAGGUCGGCAAAGGUUGUAGUAGACAACAAGGAUGAGAAACAGCAGACAGUCAUUGAAGUAUCCAGCCCACUAGAAAGUCCUGCAAAGAGUAAAACACCAUCUAAGAAAUUAAGGUCAACAAAGGCUUGUGUAGACACCAAGGAUGAAAGACAGCAAACAGUCAUUGAAGAAUCCAGUCCAUUAGACAGUCCUGAAAAAAGUGAAGUGCCAUCUCAGAAACUAAGGUCAGCAAAGGCUGCGGUAGACGACAAGGAUGAGAAACAACAAUCAGGUGUUGAGGAAUCCAGUCCAUUAGAAAGUCCUGCAAAGAGUGAAACGCCAUCAAAGAAACUGAGGUCAGGAAAGGCUGUUGUAGACAACACGGAUGAGACACAGCAAUCAGUCCUUGAAGAGUCCAGUACAUUAGAAAAUCCUGCAAGGAGUGAAACACAAUUGAAGAGACUUAGGUCAACAAAGGCUGUUGUAGACAACACGAAUGCAGAACAGCAACCAGCCAUUGAAGAAUCCACUCCAUUUGAUCUUCCUGCAAAGAUUGAGAAGCCAUCUCUAAGACUAAGAUCAUUGAAGGUUGUAAUAGACAGCAAGCAUGAGAAACAGCAAACAGUCAUCGAAGAAUCCAGGCCGUUAGAAAGUCCUGCAAAGAUUGAUCAGCCAUCUCAGAGACUAAGGUCAACAAAGGCUGUAGUGGACAACAAGGAGCAGCAACCAAUCAGUGACAAAUCCUGUCAGUUAGAGAGUCCAAGUUCUGCCAAAAAUGAAAGGCCAUCUCCGAAACUAAGGUCAACAAAGGCUGUAGUAGACAACAAGGAUGAGAAACAGCAAUCCAGUUGUGAGGAAUCCAGUCCAUUAGAAAGUCCUGCAAAAAGUGAAACGCCAUCAAAGAAACUAAGGUCAGCAAAGGCUGUAGUGGACAACAAGGAUGAGAAUCGGCAACCAGGCAUUGAAGAAUCCAGUCCGUUAGAAAGUCCAAGUCCUGCAAAGAGUGAAAAGCCCUCUCAGAAACUAAGGUCAGCGAAGGCUGUUGUAGAAAACAAGGCUGAGAAACACCAACCAAGUGGUGAGGAAGACAGUCCAUUAGAAAGUACUGCACAGAGUGAAUCACCAUCUAAGAAACUAAGGUCAGGAAAGGCUGUUGUAGACGACAAGGAUGAGAGACAGCAAACAGUCACUGAAGAAUCCAGUCCAUUAGAAAGUCCAAGUCCUUCAAACACUGAACCUCCAUCUAAGAAAUUAAGGUCAGCAAAGAUUGUAAUAGACAACAAGGAUGAGGAGCCUGGCCUACCAGAAAGUCAAAGUCCUGCAAAGAGCGAAACUUCAUCUCAGAAACAAAGAUCAGGGGAGGCUGCAGUAGAUAACAGUAACAAUGGGGUAAAGAAACCAAGCAUUGAGGAGUCAAGUCCAUUGGAAAAUCAAAGUCCUUCAAAAGCUGAAACGCCCCAACAGAAACCAAGGUCAGUAAAAGCUCAAGUAGACAACAAGGAUGAGAAACAACAAUCAAGCAGUGAGGAAUCUAGUCCAUUAGAAGGUCAGAGUUCCACAAAGACUGAAAUGCCAUCAAAGUCUGUUCCAGUAAGGACUAAGCGUGUUUAUCGAACAGAAGUAGAGGCUUUGAAAUUGGAUCCAAUUAUACCAACUUUAGAAGACAGUUUUGCAAGUGGUGAUGACAGUAGUUCUUCAGACAAACCCUCAAGAAUGCCACUAAGAAGUGAAAGAAAUAAGAUUGGAAAGUCCCCCUCGUCUGUUACUCAGACACCAGUGGACAACAAGAAAUCAGCUCUGAGAUCACAAAGAUUGACUUCACCUCCUACCUGUACAGUUACUGUAGCUGGAAAACAAAGUGACAUAGCUUCUCCUGUCAGAAUAAUACCAGAAAAAAUAACUAAAGCUCUGGUGAAAUCACCCCCAGAAUCUGUUCAGCCACGAUUAUCGCAAAGCUCAGCCACCCCUGUCACUACAACAAGACUUGAGCCCAGAAAACAAACAAACAAAUUUAUGGAGACCCUGAAUGGGGAAGAAAACCAACACCUUAUUACAAAUCUGAACCUUAAGUAUGAUAAGAUGCAAAGAGGAUGGGUGCAAAUGGACAAAGAGGGUCAACCAGUGACAAAACACAAAAACAAAGCAGACAGACAGGCAGCAAUAUGGAGGAGUAAACGCAGGAUUAAAAAAACAAAGUCUUUGGAGCACCAGAAGUACUCACCAGUUCAAAUGCUCUUUAUGAAAGGUUUUAAUCUCACCAGUAUUUGUCGCUGGUUCCUCGAAUCAACAGAAACAAAGUCCCUUGUUAUCGUCAAGAAGGUGAAUACACGUCUUCCUUCAGAAACUCAGUUGUGCUUCCACAGCGCUUCUGGUGUUUCGGGAACCCCUCAGGGGGUAUUUCCAAGCCUGCAGGCAGAGCGCUUAAAGAAACAUCUUAAAAAGUUUGCAGUUGCCUCUCCUGUUAAGAGCAACCCCAAGAGUCAGAAGCUGAUUGCUAAAGCAUUGGAGCAGGAGGCAGGUGCUGUCAAAGGGAAAGAGAAAAAAGAACUUGUCAGUACAGCUCCAACUUUGAUGAAGUCACAGUCCUCUGCUGAAUCCGGUGCACAGGUCGGUGAGUCUCAGAAAUCCUCCGGUAAAACAAAGAAUCCAGCUAGUGCAAGAAUCUUGAGGAAAUACUCAAAUAUUAGAGAGAAGAUGCAGGUACAGCAAACCAAUGUUAGACUGAGCAAGACCUCAAAGACCUUAAAAACCAACAACUUGAAACAACUUGAGAGCACAAAGCCUGCCGCCAAGUCAGUUCUUAAACCAUCUGUAAAGGCACAGAAAUCACCCAUACCUGUCAGUAAGCGAACGAAAGAGUCUGCAGCUAAAAUAGAAAAAAAGAAAACAUCGGCUGACAAAAAACCCACUAAACAACCUGUUCAAGACAAGGCAGUCAAGGCCCAGAGCAAUGCAAAAGCUUCAAAAGAAACAAGCAAAAAGAAAUCGGUGAAGAGAAGUUCGCUACGCCUGGGAUCUCCUAAAACACCUGAACCCAACCCAGUGGAAAAAACAAAAAGCAAGGCUGAUAGCAAAAAACAAGCAGAAGCAGAGAAGGCAGCAGUUGAAAAACCCACUGUGAAUAAAAUGAAUGCUGCAAAAAUCCAAACUAACCAACCAUCACAAACCGUUGCAGAAAGAAAAGUUACUGAGAAUGCUGUUGACACCCCACAGCAGAGCUCGGCUUCAGCUUCAUCUGAUCAGGUACUAACAAGAUCGCAAAGAAAAUCUGAGACCGUGGUCCCUAGCACAAAUACUGCUCCAAAGAAGACCACUAAGUCAACGAAAAACGCAAACCCAUCGCCUAAAGCAGUCAGAAAAGCUGCUGAAUCCACGCCAACAAAAGGUGGGGCUUCGAGGUCUCCUACAAAGAGAGUCCGACCAGCCUCACUGCCACAUAGUUCAAACAAGGCAUCAAAUAAGAAAACGGAGCAGGAUUUAGGGUCCCCAGCUAAGCGUACAAGGACAUCACUUGCAAAAUAGAAAAGACCGGCAGGGAGAGAUUAUCUUUAUUUUGUUACUUUCUUUAAUCUGCAAUAUAUUCAGAAGGAACAGAGUAUCUAUUUUCUACUCUUGCAAUGUCUUUUGGGGAAAACUUUUUCAUUAGACAGAACUGUAAAGAAGGACCAGAAAGUGAUAUAUGUUUUUACAAACAUUCAUUGUGAAAAUGCAAACGUGACUGAGUAUUUGCAAGCAUUAGCUCACUGUUUUGGACGACCCAAGUCCCACGCUUUGUCCAGCAGGUGAAGUUGCUGUCUGGCUUUGUAUUUCAGCACUAAAUGACACAGCUGGAGAUAACAAUAGCCUAUCAAACCUAUUCUAAUUUAAAGUUGGGAAGACAAAAAUCACAGUUUGGUGCAGCUAUCAAGGUGACGAAUAAUUUCUUCAUCGCCUUGGUUUUGCUAUUUUGUAUGUAGUUAUUGUUUCAAUGUGUUGAACAGUUCAGAGAGCUUGCUAUGUGACGGAAGAACAGCUUUUGAAAACCUUUACUGACAGUAAGUAGGCAGCUUGUAUCUCCAGCCUGUCUUCCAAUCACAACAUUGUGAAUAUGUGACUGUUGUGACCAGGUGCCUUAUUUAUGAAGUGUAAAAAAUAGAAUGUGCAAAAUGUGAAAAACCAGUUCUUUAGUUAUAGCAGCUUUCUAUUCCUGACGAGGCAGUGGACAUUUGUGUUUCACAGAGUGCAGAUAUUUUCCGUUUCACCUGGUAUGUGCGUCAUGCUUCAUCUGUAGAUUAUGUUGCAGGCUUAUUCUCGCACCUAUUUUCAGAGCAUUAACAUUAAAAGGUUCUCAUGUAGUUGUUUUAGAUGUCAAAUAUGAAACAAACUGAUGUCCUCUGUGUGUACCAUGAUGCAAGGUUUCUUUUUAAUUUUUUGGGGUCAGUCAUCCUGAUUGUGUACCUUUGUCAUUUCUGCUUGUUGCAUCCAUUCUUCUCUCAGUAGAAACUUCACUUUGAGUUUUUUUUUUUUCUGCAUGUGUCAAGUGCUGUCAAUGUGGAGACAAUUUCUCUGACGUCUUUGUAGAAUUUUACCUUCCUAAAACUGAAACCCCAAACAUUAUUGAUGUCCAGUACUUUAAAAUUAUAAACCUAUUUAAAACUUUUAUGUACACCCAAACCAAAUCUGAAAAGAAAAAAACAAUUGGAGAUGACUUUGGAAUUUGGCACAUGUAUCACAAUAUUUCAAAGUAAAAAAGCCUGAAAAAUUGGUAUACACUGUUGGUUAAUAUAAAUGAAGAUUAUGGGCGCUUUAACAUUAAUGACUGGGUGAUAAAAUUGUCCCUGGUAAUUCUUUGAUAUGGUAAAUUUUUGAAUUAUCAUGUUUUGUUUUGUUUUUUUUUUCCCAGUAUAUUGCAAUUUUAUUAGAUUAUUUUUUUCUAUUGUCCCUGACUGUCUUGCAGAUGUGCUCAUAAUGUGAAGAUUCUUUCCUUUCACAGUUGUAUCAUGCAUUAGUGUGUUGUCAAAGGAAAACAAAUACAGUUUUAGCACAGUGUUUUUUAUUUUUAUGGUCAUUUAUCUUUAGAGGUUAAGAUGUCUGAAAAUGAAAAAAAACAUGUCUGUCAUGUUUUUAUUGUUAUUUAAGAACUUCAUGUAGGCUCAUGUAUCUAGCAAAUCUCAAACAGCCCACCAAAUACCAGACUUGAACAUGUUUAUUCUUUACAGUUGCUAUUUAAAUAUUUUGAUUUUGUAUAUUAGAAAGAAAUAACUGAUUUAUUUGUGGUAAUCCCAAGAAUGAUACAUCUUUAUGUUAAGAACUUUGUA